UGUGGCUGAGAUGAUUCCCAUUCCUAUUCUUUAAGAUAAGUCUCCUUCCAUUCCAUCCAAGAAGAAGAAAGAAAUGAAGGGUUCAGACAGACCAACACACAGUAGGGUUUGCUUAAUUUGAUUCGGAAUCAAUUAAUUAAAAAGAAGAUGGCGAACAUAGAGAUGGAAGGAACAAUGAAUGCAGCGGCGGCAUUGUCGAAGUCGAAGUGUAAUGGUGGAGUGGCAAAGACAAAGAUUGUAUGCACCUUAGGGCCAGCUUCGAGAUCGGUCCCGAUGUUGGAGAAGCUCCUCCGCGCCGGGAUGAAUGUGGCGCGCUUCAACUUCUCCCACGGCACCCACCAAUACCAUCAGGAGACUCUCGACAAUCUCCGCAUCGCCAUGCACAAUACCAGCAUCCUCUGUGCCGUCAUGCUGGAUACCAAGGGACCCGAGAUUCGCACGGGUUUCCUCAAGGACGGAAAACCCAUUGAACUGAAAGAGGGCAAGGAGAUCACCAUCACCACAGAUUACACCAUUAAAGGAGACCAAGAAAUGAUCUCCAUGAGCUACAAGAAGUUGCCCCUCCAUUUGGAGCCCGGAAAUACGAUUCUCUGCGCCGACGGCACCAUCACCCUUACUGUUCUUUCCUGCGACGCUGCUCAAGGGACUGUCAGAUGCCGCUGCCAAAACAAUGCUACUUUGGGGGAGAGGAAGAACGUUAACUUGCCCGGGGUUGUCGUCGAUCUUCCUACACUUACCGACAAGGACAAGGAAGACAUCCUCGGAUGGGGUGUUCCUAAUAACAUCGACAUGAUUGCACUCUCCUUCGUGCGCAAGGGAUCCGAUCUAGUUCAUGUUCGGAAAGUUCUUGGCCCUCAUGCCAAGAAGAUACAGUUGAUGUCGAAGAUCGAGAACCAAGAGGGGGUCAUCAACUUCGACGAAAUUCUUCGAGAGACGGAUUCUUUCAUGGUUGCUCGAGGGGAUCUGGGCAUGGAAAUUCCAGUGGAGAAGAUCUUCCUGGCCCAGAAGAUGAUGAUAUACAAGUGUAAUCAAGCAGGCAAGCCUGUGGUGACCGCGACGCAAAUGCUUGAAUCCAUGAUCAAGUCGCCAAGGCCAACGCGAGCCGAGGCAACAGAUGUCGCCAAUGCAGUCCUCGACGGCACCGACUGUGUCAUGCUCAGCGGGGAGAGCGCUGCCGGUGCAUACCCAGAACUCGCCGUCAAGAUCAUGUCCCGGAUAUGCAUCGAGGCUGAGUCUUCCCUCGACUACGAGGGAAUCUUCAAAGCGAUGAUCAAGUCGGCCCCUGUGCCGAUGAGCCCACUGGAAUCGCUCGCCUCGACUGCAGUCCGCACUGCCAACAAGGCUAAAGCAAAGCUCAUCGUGGUGAUGACACGAGGCGGGACUACUGCAAAACUGGUGGCCAAGUACCGGCCAGCAGUGCCGAUACUGUCGGUAGUGGUCCCAAUACUAACGACGGACUCGUUUGAUUGGGAGGUCAGCGACGAGGCACCGGCAAGGCAGAGCCUGGUGUAUCGGGGCCUGAUCCCAGUUCUUGCUGAAGGGUCUGCAAAGGCCACAGAUGCUGAAUCAACUGAAGUCAUUCUCGAAGGCGCGUUGCAGUUUGCGACUGGCAGGGAGCUGUGUCUUCCGGGCGACGCAGUUGUCGUUCUGCAUCGUAUCGGGACUGCGUCCGUUAUCAAGAUCUGCAUUGUGAAGUGAAGACGAUCCAAUCCAGCUUCUAUCGCCUCUUUUGAAAUAAGGUUUCUGAAUCCAACAAUGAGCGAACGAACAAACUGAUUCUGUGUUUGUUGCAUUGCAAAACAAAGUAAUUAGUUUGAUAAACACCAAAUGCUUACUACUUCAUUUUUCCUCAA